UGUCUAGAUUAUGGGUCAGAUAGAAGACCAUCGGUUUCGAUCUGUUUGACUUCAGCGGAUUCAUUUCACCGUUUUACCUUUGGAGGUUUUAACUUGGAUAAAGUGACACUGACAGAAAACGCGCUCCCGUGUCGCUUCAUCUGCGCCUUUUGUCAGCGGAGAUACAACAUCAUGUUUGCCAUUAGACGCGGAAACAAUUGACGGCGCGUUUUGUCGAGCCUUAAAAAAUAAAAGGGUGUUUCUCACAACCAGGCUGUCAAGCACACAGAGGGACCAUAGAUGUGAUUCCUUUCCUCAGCGGGCGGCGUUUGAGACAGAAAAAUGAUGUCAGGAAAGCAUUUCAAGGCUCAUGAAGUGAGCUGCUGCAUCAAGUAUUUCAUCUUCGGAUUCAACAUCAUAUUCUGGUUCCUCGGAGUAGCAUUCCUUGGCAUCGGGCUGUGGGCAUGGAGCGAAAAGGGCGUUCUCUCUAACCUCUCGUCCAUCACGGACCUCGGGGGUUUCGACCCUGUCUGGCUCUUCCUUGUGGUGGGUGGUGUCAUGUUCAUCCUUGGAUUCGCUGGUUGCAUCGGAGCUCUGCGAGAAAACUCUUUCCUGCUCAAGUUUUUCUCUGUUUUCCUGGGUAUCAUCUUCUUCCUGGAGCUGACUGCAGGAGUCCUGGCCUUUGUCUUCAAAGACUGGAUCAAGGACCAGCUCAACUUUUUUAUUAACAACAACAUUCGGGCGUACAGGGACGACAUUGACCUGCAGAACCUGAUAGACUUCACCCAGGAAUAUUGGGAGUGUUGUGGAGCUUUUGGAGCUGAUGACUGGAAUUUGAACAUCUACUUCAACUGCACCGAUUCGAACCCGAGUCGAGAGAAAUGUGGAGUGCCCUUUUCUUGCUGCACCAAAGAUCCAGCGGAGGAUGUCAUCAACACUCAGUGUGGAUACGACAUCCGAGCAAAAACGGACUCAGAGCAGCGGACUUUCAUCUAUAUCAAAGGCUGCGUCCCUCAGUUUGAGAAGUGGCUCCAGGACAACCUGACAGUGGUGGCAGGCAUCUUUAUUGGGAUUGCAUUACUACAGAUCUUUGGCAUCUGUUUAGCGCAGAAUCUCGUGAGUGACAUUGAAGCCGUGAGAGAGAGUUGUUUGUUUACCUAAGACCUCCACAGAGUCUCCAAAAGCAAGACGGAUGUACCAGGACUCUGCAGUUGGGAUACCAGCAAUGAAGGGAAAUAAAUGAAUCAGCUAAAGUGUCCAGAACCAAGAGUCUCAUUCAUGUGUACAUAAUAAAUUUAGAGUUAUUUUUUAGAGUUAUUCGUGGCCCUAUUUUUAAAUGAAGAACAACCUUUGAAAUGUACUGUAGCUCUCAUACAAUACAAAUGAAACAAAUGCAGUAUAGGCAGGUAUGAUGGUAAAGUGGCUCACAAGAUAACACCCAGUUUAGCCUGUAGGGAUGGAGGAGGGGGGUUAUAACUUAUGAGCAGGACACAAUGAAGGUAGAUUUGUUGUUUUCUCUGAGGUAGCACUUCAUUUCUAAAAGGGCCUUGGUUUUAUAAGUCUCACAGCUGCAGUUUUUAACACUGCGUGUAAGGGUGGUGUACAAAGCUGAAGUGAUUCUGGAAAUGCACUGCAUGCCUAUUGUCUACUGAUAGGACAUUGGCUCUCCUAACUGUAUUUCAUUAAUGUUAAGUAUUUUAAAAUAUUUGUAAAAUAGUCACUAGUUUAGAGUGAAUUGGCUGGUUAGCACUUUGUUGAAUAUUUAAUGAGAUCUACUUAAAGCUACAGAGAAUUAACUUUAAAUUUAUUUCCAUAUGCGAGAUGAUCACACUCAUAUCACACAGAUGCAUACAGUUUGUGAGCAGAGUUUUGUGGGGCUGAGGUGGAUAUAGUAUUAUCAUGAAGGCAAAUCGUGGAUGUAUUAGGUUUGUAAAGUUGCAGUUUGUAUGAGUUUGGCAUUGACUUUAAAGAAAUCUCGAAACAUACUGAAACAAACCCGAAGAUGUGGCAUGUAAAUCAAAAAAACCAAACAAAACAAACUCAGCCUUAAGCACUUUAAUCUUCACGUAAGAGAGAUGAAGCUCAUUGCAGCCACUCAGCUUUUGUCGAAAUUGACUGUUACUUAAGUCAAGCAGCAGCCACUGGAGGGGGCACUUUCCUUAAAAAAAAAACAAAACAAAAAAACAAACAAAAAAACUUAGAAACUGUAUCUGUAACUUCAUGGUGCUCCAGAAUUGUCAGAUUCAUCUUGAAUUUGUCCCAAAAAAAGUCUGUUGUUCCCUGCACAUUACCUUUUACAGUUAUUGUCAGUCAGUGUUCAUUCAUUCACUUUCCU